ACCAAGGCCAAUUAACCAGAGAGAGCGACAGAGAUCGGCGCAAUGGAUUAUCAACCACAACCGCCGCCGUCUUCUGACCCUUCCCCGUCGCCGUCUGACCGUCCUCCGGGAAUCACAUCACCGGAGACGCCAUCUAACAAUCAGAACCACGAGAUUGAGGACAUAAUGGCUUGCGUCACGGCUUUGGAAGCAGCACUGCUGCCAUGUUUGCCCGCAAGAGAGCUUCAAGCCAUCGACCGCUCUCCUCAUCCUUCUCACCAAAUUGAUGUUGAACGUCACGCCAGAGAUUUCAUGGAAGCUGCUAAAAAGCUUCAGCUUUAUUUCAUGGGAUUGAAGCGAGAAAAUCACGCCCCCACAAGAGCUGAAAGUCUUAGGAAGGAGAUUGCAGUCAUGGAGGAAGAGCUCAAGACAAAAGAGGAGCUAAUAAAGAAGCACUCAAGGCUUAUCCAAGAAUCACAGAAGCUAGUGAAAGAACAGAUUGAGAAACACAGAGUGGAGCUGGAGAAAGUAUAAUUAACACAUCAAAGCAAAUGUUAAUUUGUUUCAGUAGUAUAUAGAUGCAACUCUCCUACUCAUUUAUUCAUCCAUUUAUGUCUUAUUUUACAUUGCAAGAGUAAUGCAGACAAAAGAAGUGAUUCCAUCUGCA